AUGGCGGAAGAGAAAGCGGUUACUAGCGGCGGCGGCGGUGGCGGUGGCGGUGAGAAGACAAAUGACACUGUUGAUUCUACUCGAGAAAACGGAAAGACGAAGCGUAAAGGUUUAAUUUCUCGAAUUUGGAAUUUUAUUUUUAGGUCUAAUAAAGAUAAUUUGGAAAAAAGGCUUCAGAGUAUUUCUAAGGAAGAAUCUUCGGUUAUGACUAGAAUGAAUAAGAGAUCCCGUUCAUGGAGGCGAGCCUCUCGCCAUAUUAUUAUUUUUUCUGUUUUAUUUGAGGUCAUUGCCGUAGCUUAUGCGAUUAUGACAACAAGAACUGUGGAUAUGAAUUGGAAAAUGAGGGCAGUUCGAGUUUUGCCGAUGUUUCUUUUGCCUGCAUUUUCAUCUGCUGCAUAUUCAACAUUUGUAAGCUUCAUAAGGAUGUGUGAUCGCAGGGACCAGAAAACUCUUGAUAGGCUGAGAGCUGAAAGGAAGGAAAAAAUUGACGACCUUAAAGAGAAGACAAACUAUUACAUUACUCAACAACUCAUUCAGAAAUAUGACACAGACCCAGCAGCAAAGGCGGCUGCUGCAACUGUUUUGGCAUCCAAGUUGGGUGCAGAAUCAGGUUUGAAACUACACAUGGCAGACGAAUCCAAAUCUGGUGCUCCGACAGGAAAGACCAACAAUGUUGAACUUGUGCAGUCUGGUGGACUUAGGAAUCGCAAACAAGGGCAAGCUCAAUCCACUACUCUAGGGACAACAGCUCCAAAUCAUCCCGAUCAACAAUCAGUUGCUUCUAGGGGAACUGAUCAAACUCAGACUCACACGCAGAAACAGGUUGUAGUUGUUGAGCAUCACCAACCUCAAAGCUCAACAAAGUAUGAUGGAGGAUGGAUUGCUCAAAUUGCAGCAUUGCUUGUCGGUGAGGAUCCAAAGCAGUCUUAUGCACUCAUAUGCGGUAACUGCUAUAUGCAUAAUGGUCUUGCUCGGAGAGAGGAUUUCCCAUUUAUCACUUACUACUGCCCACACUGCCAUGCCCUGAACAAACCAAAGCAUUCAGCUGAACCCAUAUCUGCUCUUAAUUCGACAAACACCAGGUCCCCUAUAACAGAUGAUGGAGAGGCAGAUACAAAUGACAGUAUUUGUGCUUCUGACAGUUCGGUCAGAAACAAUGAACCAGUAAAUGCUACCCCUGAGAUUGAGCAUACAUCUGAAGAGGUUGAUUUAAAAGGGAAUGAAGAAAGAUAG